AAAUAGACGCUCAGAAGAGGCGACGAUGCGCGAGUGUUCGGAUGCUUUAUAUUUAUCUCUUCUCUUUUAUUUCACUCUGGGUACAGUAUAUGCUUUCACUUUUAUACACUUACAAAGUCGCAUGCUACUGUAUACAGUGCUUUGCUAUAGUGCAAAUAUGGAAGGUUUCUUUCUUAAACUUGAAUUAGUUUUAUUAAUCUCAGGUUUCGUGUCUCUUCGCACAGCUAUUUCCAAAGCAAGCGGAUCCUGUGACUGCGGCAAAUCUCCCUGUACAGUAAACACAAAAUGUAACUUCACAGAAGGAGCAAAUGAUUUUACAUGCUUUAUAAAAAAUGGAAAAAUGUUUUACAUCUGUGAGUGGAAACCCGGAGAUAUUUCAACCUCAUACACACUUUGCAUUAAACAAGAAACAUUUGGAGAGAUACCUGGAAGCCGUGUGUUUUCUGUGAAUAGGAGGAAGUGCAGAUGUGCAAAUGUUAACCAGAAGAACACAACUUCCAUCGCAGACGGUUUCCGUGUAAUUCCAGAUUACAAAAUGACAGCUUAUGUUAUUGCAACAAGUGAAGAUCAGAGAAGCUGUACCUACAAACGUUUAAGUGGUCUUCCAUCACAGAUGAAAAUUUGCAGUCCUCCAUCAGCAGUAGUUUUUGAACGAAAAUUAGGAAAUAUGUAUGUUCAAGUAAAAUGGGGGGAGGAUGAGACUCAUAUUACACAAAAGUUCUCUGUAAAGUACAGAGAGUUCAACUCUACAGAGUGGAAAGAGCAACUAUCUAUAAACAACAUAGAAUGUUAUAUAUGGAAUCUGACAUCUUUUCUGUCAUAUGAGAUGCAAAUACAGUGCAUUACCAAUGCAGACUGUUCCCAGUGUCCUCCUGGUGAAGUCAUCAUUGUCCCACGUGAACUUACCGAUGCCCCAUACAUUCAGCAUGAGAUUCAAGACCAUGUAAAGGAUCCAGUUUAUGUAUCAGCAGGACAAAGAAAAGUGAUUGUGAAGUGGAAGUAUGCACACAGUGAGGCUGUGACUUACUACAUUGUAACUGUAAGAAAAGUCUCUGGGGAGUCCAUCAAGGAUGACAGUUUCACCACCAAAGAUGCAACCAUCACCCUGUUUCUGUCUUACUCCAGCUACAACUUUAGCAUCAGGGCAUUUAACAGUGCUGGAUCAUCCCCUGCUGCCAGUAUAAUCAUAGACGACAUGGAUGACUCCCUGCAGAAUACUCAGGAUUGGUUUGGCCCAUUCAAUGUCAGCAUAAAAAGCAACAACAGUUUCAGUCUGUGGUGGAACAGCUCCGCCUCAAGUGUGUGUUUCUCUGUAGAGUGGUGGGCAAGAGGACAGAUACCAGCUUUCCGAUCAUUCUACAUGGAUACAUGGAUGACGCACAAAGAGAUAACUGAGAUUACUGAGAGCAUUUUUCAACCCUAUGUGAGGUAUUACUUCGUCCUGCACAAAAGAUCAUACAAAGACACCUGCAACAUGAAAAACAUAAAUGACAGUGAAAUAACCUAUGGCACGUCCCAAGCUUACCUCACCGAAGGAAUUCCUAUCAGUGCUCCUGGAAAUGUGACUGUUUUAAACAUUACCCAGCAUUCCUCAGUGAUCACAUGGAGCCCUGUGCCCGAGGAAGAUUUGCGUGGAUUCUUGCUAGGCUACAAAAUUUACCACAUAGAGGAUGACACUGAAUCAUUCACUGUAAUGCAUCCCAGUCUGAACAGCUUUCAGUUGCAGAAGCUCAAAAGCAACAGUGCAUACCGCGUGCAGCUGGCUGCGUUUACUGCAGCUGGGGAAGGCCAGCGCAGUGAGCCCAAACCAUUUGUUACAAACAUGCUGGAAUACACAGCCUUGAGCAGCAUUAUAGCUGCAGUCAUCGUGGGAAUCAUCAUCCUUUUACUUGCCGUUCACCUCAGCUGUCGACUACUGCACAGAGCCAAGAAACUGCUUUGGCCCAGUAUACCAAAUCCCGGAAACAGUAAUGCAGUUCAGAAAAUCGAAAAUGGCCAUGAACUGAAUAUCCUUGAGCCACUCAUCAGAAAGAAGCUGGAGGAGAGCGAGGCAUGUGACCCCAGUGCAGUAUGUGUUGUUGAGAGGAAAAAGGAGGCAUCUCUUCUCAGCAGCUCUUCAAAACCUGUGGCUGUUGUAAAACCCACUGUCCUCCACCUCAGUGAAGAGGAGGACAGCACAUCCACAUCGGAAGAGAUGGCAACCACAGACACCCCAACAUUUGAACCAAAUAAAGAGUCUGUUCCAACUGAGAACUUUCCUAUGAACCUGAUUAACAUAGAACCUACUUUGAGUGCUUCAAUGGACAGUGAGAACGAUGCCCCUGAAGAUUCAUCUAAAUCCCAAAUUGACUCUCCUGUGAAGCCUGCUGUAGUUUUCAUGAGUGAUUAUACCACUAUGGAAUUUUUCCAGCAGGUUGCUAGGGCUGGGAUCCAGAGUACAUCCUUCCAAACAGGACAACAAGGACUUGUUUUCGUACAUCCAGGUCAGGAUUACGUUCGUCAGUCAAGUUAUGCAGAAAAUAAACAAUGUCAUGGUCAAAUUUAUGAGUGCAAAUAAACACCAAUUUGCCAGCAUGGAACCCAAGGAUUUUCUUUGAAACCUGACUUUGAGUUUGUUAACAAAUCAUGGUGGAAAUGAAUAGUUUUGUAAAGUGUUCAGGAAAAAUGCAGGUCUUCCAUUUUGUGCAGCAUGUACAUCUGUAUUCACCGGAGGUUAGGUGAAUAACAGCUUGUACUGUAGCUUGCUCUUUACUAUUAACUGCUCAAAACACCUAAUCACUAACAAACUUUACAUAUACACAUAUGUCGUGUAGCAAUAAAUACUGUAUAGUUAUACAUCCCAACUUGAAGGGGACAUUUCAAGACUUUUUAAAGAUGUAAAAUAAAUCUUUGAUGUCCCCAGAGUAUGUGUGUGAAGAUUUAGCUCAAAAUACCCUAUAGAUAAUUUAUUAUAGCAUGUUAAAAUUCCCACUUUGCAGGUGUGAGCCAAAAUGUGCCAUUUUUGGGUGUGUCCUUUUAAAUACAAAUGAGCUGGGCCCAUAUUCUUAAAGGACAAGUUCGGUA